CAGGAGAAGAUUUGCAGGACAGCACAGAAACGGAACCAGGCUGAGCCAAUGACGGUGUGACUCAAGUUUGGUGGGUGUGGCCUCACAGCUGUACGAUUGGCAGCAGUCAAAGUGCUUUAUAAGCAAAGCUUUCUGCGGAGCUGCUCCUGUACAGGGAGGAGACACAUGUUGGUGAGCAAAGAGCAGAGAUCUCAGCCCCACAGUGUAACAGUCUCACAGCAACAUGUUCUGUCUCUUUAUUCAUCUCUCUCUCUCAUUCCUGUUCCCGGCAGCUUCCCCAGCAAACCAAGGUGUCCCACUCCGGGUGAAUGGGCUUGAAAAACAUUCCGCCUACCUAAAAAUUCAUCUAGAUCUGACUGUUCCUGUGUUGGAGGUUUUGUGGCUGUUUAAACCUAAAGAAAAAGAAGUCAGACUGGCGGAUUUUCAGAAGCCGCACUUUGAGAUCAGGUUUCCUCAGUUCCACAACCGACUAGAACCAUUAGACAGCGGAACAACACUACGAAUCAGUGACCUGAGGAUGGAAGACAGUGGGAUAUACACAGCAGCCAUUUCUUAUACUGACCAGGAAACAAAGAGACUCACAUUUAAUCUCACCGUGUAUGCAAACCAAGAUGUCCCUAAGGAGGUGGAUGGACUUGAACAGCAUUCAGUCUGUUUACAAAACGAUCUAGAUCUGACUGUUCCUGUGUUGGAGGUUUUGUGGCUGUUUAAAACCAAAGAAAGAGAAGUCAGACUGGCGUAUUUUCGGAAGCCGCACUUUGAGAUCAGGUUUCCUCAGUUCCACAACCGACUGGAACCAUUAGACAGCGGAACAACACUACGAAUCAGUGACCUGAGGAUGGAAGACAGUGGGAUAUACACAGCAGCCAUUACUUAUACUGACGAAGAAACAAAGAGACUCACGUUUAAUCUCACUGUGUAUGAGCCAGUCCCCACCCCACACAUAUGGAUAGAAGGGAAGAAGCAAACCACUGAGUGGUGCAAUUUUACUGCUCGCUGCUCUGUCAAAAAUAACGACUCAGCACUUACAUUUACCUGGAUAAACAAACCCAAUAAGACUGAAUAUCUGGCCUUCAGCAAUGGGACAGUUGUGGCAUCAGUGGAAUCACCAACAUCGGACAAAGAAUUUCAUUGUUUGCUGGAGAACCCCGUGGACCAAAAAAAUGCCUCAAUCCAUGUUCAAACAAUCUGCUCUACUCCAGUUUCAGGAGAAUUGCAACGAUAUUAUUUAUGGUUCAUCCCACUCUUUCUCAUUAUUUUAAUCGCAUUGCUUGUAUGGUUGGCUGUAGCGAGGAAGAAGAGAAAAAAAAUCUACAACAGAAAAUCAUCACAUGAAACUAAAACUACUCAUUCAUUGGGCUUUGAUAAUCACAGUGAAACUGAAUAUAUGCCUCACAGCAAUCCUCAAGAAACUCAGUACAUCAUAGUCGGGGCUUCACCACAAUCGCAGAGCUCGAGUAUCCCAGAAGUGCAACGUCAGUAUCUGCAGAACCCAAAGCUCGAAACAAUAUACACCACAAUAAGGAGUUAGAAGAGACUAAAGAAGAUGCAAAAAUUCUAACAAGAGUAAUGAGAUGUUGCUUCAGGUGUUGCCUGGAGACACAACAGAACAUGGAAUUCCCCCUGCCUCGGGGUAUUUUUGAAUUACAUACUAGUUUGGUAUGUGCCAAACCAGGUAUUUCAAGAGGUUGUUACUAGUGAUGAGUGAAUCUGUCCCGUUUCGAUUUGCUGGAAAAUUCGCGAAUCUUUCAAAAGAUUCGCGAA